GCCAUCCCCGACCAGCACACACUCGACGCACUCUGACCAUGGCUGAUCAAUUCUUGGGCUUUGACCUGAGCACCCAGCAGCUCAAAGGAAUCAUUGUCGGCUCAGAUCUCAAGCUGAUCCACGAGACCAAGGUCGACUUUGACGCCGACCUGUCAAAGUACGGCAUUGAGAAAGGCGUCCUCACCAACCAUGACGAGGGCGAGGUGUUUGCACCCGUCGCUCUAUGGCUCGAGGCCAUUGAACUGGUGCUGCAGCGAUUGAAAGACCAGGGCGCCGACUUUUCAAAGGUCCAGGGUAUCUCGGGCGCCGGCAUGCAGCACGGCACCGUCUUCUGGAGCCAUGACGCAGAGACGCUGCUGGCCAGUCUGGAUGCCGGCAAGACAUUGCUUGAGCAGCUAGAGGGCGGCGCAAAGGGCGAGAGGAAGGGUGCAUUCAGCCACCCAUUCAGUCCCAACUGGCAAGAUGCGAGUACGCAGAAGCAGUGCGAAGCCUUUGAUAAGGCACUGCAAGACCCUACGAACCUGGCACUGGCAACUGGCAGCAGUGCUCAUCACCGCUUCAGCGGUCCUCAGAUCUUCCGCUUCCGCGAGAAGUACUCCAAGGCCUACAAAGAGACUGCACGCAUUUCUCUGGUAUCCUCAUUCCUCGCAUCCAUCUUCCUAGGCAAGGUGGCCCCCAUGGAUAUCUCGGACGUGACUGGCGCAAAUUUGUGGGAUAUCAAGAACGGCCGCUGGCAUGAAGACCUGCUUGCCCUCGCUGCUGGAGGCUCCGAGGGUAUCGAAGAGCUGAGGAAGAAGCUGGGUAAUGUGUAUGAAGAUGGUGGAUCCAGCUUCGGUACCGUAUCGCCGUACUUUAGCAAGCGCUUCGGAUUCCCGUCGUCGGCCCAGAUCAUUGCCUUCACUGGAGACAACCCAUCGACCAUCCUGGCUCUCCCCCUCCGCGCCUCGGACGCCAUUGUCUCACUCGGCACGUCGACAACCUUCCUCAUGUCGACUCCACAGUACAGGCCUGAUCCUGCAUACCACUUCAUGAACCAUCCCACGACGGCUGGACUCUACAUGUUCAUGUUGUGCUACAAGAACGGUGGUCUAGCCCGCGAGCACAUCCGCGAUGCCAUCAACGAAGCCGCUGGCUCCUCUGACAAGUCCUGGGACAAGUUCAACGAAACAGCCCUCACUACGCCUGCUCUGGGCCAAGCACAGCCCUCGGACCCCAUGCGUCUGGGCCUCUUCUUCCCUCGUCCGGAAAUUGUUCCAAAUGUCAAGGCAGGCACAUGGCGCUUCCUUGCAAAGGACAACAAGCUGUCGCCCGUUGCCCCAGAAGCCGCCCAGGCCAAGACAGAAGACAAGGCGUGGCCGAUUCCCCAAGCCGACGCCCGCGCCAUCCUCGAAUCCCAGUUCCUCUCUCUACGCCUACGCUCGCAAUCCCUCGUCUCGCCUCAAGGAAACCUCCCCGCCCAACCCCGCCGCAUCUACAUGGUCGGCGGCGGAGCCGUCAAUCCCGCCAUCGCUGAACUCGCCGGCCAGGUCCUCGGCGGCUCCGACGGCGUCUACAAGCUGGAAAUCGGAGGCAACGCCUGCGCCCUGGGAGCCGCGUACAAAGCUGCAUGGGGCGUACAGCGCUCGUCGGCCACGGAGAAAUUUGAAGAUUUCCUCGAGGCGCGGUGGAACGAGGAGGGCUUCGUCAAGAAGAUUUGCGAGGGCUACCGAAAGGGCGUGUUUGAGCAGUAUGGCGAGGCGCUCAAGGCGUUUGACGAUGUCGAGAAGGUGGCGCUGAGGGAAAAGGGUGAGGCGGAGAAGGCGGAUGAGACCAAGGAGGCCAUGGGGCUGCAGGGCUUGGAUGCAAAGAGGUAGAUUUUGCACACUUUUUGUAAGGCCUUUUAAAAUAAAAUGAUACUCUUGUUUG